GUAUCCCCUCGGUAUAUAUAUGUAUUACAUACAUCACAUUGGAGAACAUUUAUAAUUAAUCAACCCACCAAAGAGUGAGAGUUUACCACAAGAGCAUAUACCCAAGCAUGGUGGUCUCCAAGGCUUCUCCUCCUGUCACUUGUUCCGAUUCCACCAUUAAUCUUGAGAAGGGUGAUCCAUUGGUGUUUGGGAAAUACUGGAAGAAGAAGAGUGAUGAGUGCUCGGUGGUGAUUCAAGGGUGGGAAUUUUUGAGUUACCUGAGUGAUACCAGCAACGUGUGUUGGUACAUGUUGCCAGAACUCAAAGGUGCCAUUCAAAGGCUUCACCAUGUUGUUGGAAAUGCCGUCACCCAAGAUAAGUACAUAGUCAUUGGAACUGGAUCCACACAGCUUUUCAUGGCUGCUCUGUUUGCUCUGUCUCCUUCACAAACCCCUGAUCAUCCCAUCAAUGUGGUUUCUGCUGCUCCUCACUACUCGGAAUACAAACCAGAGAUUGAUGUUUUGCGUUCAGCAGUGGUUCAAUGGGCUGGUGAUGCUGGUGUGUAUGAUAAAAAUGAACCUUACAUAGAGGUGGUGAACUAUCCAAACAACCCUGAUGGAACAAUUCGGGGACCUGUGGUGAAAUCUGCAGCUAAAGGAAAUCUGGUUCAUGACUUAGCCUAUUAUUGGCCUCAAUACACUCCCAUUACUCAUCAGGCUGACCAUGAUGUUAUGCUCUUUACAUUCUCCAAAUGCACUGGUCAUGCCGGGUCUCGUAUCGGGUGGGCAAUUGUGAAGGACAUUGAAAUUGCAAAAAAGAUGACAAGAUUUGUGCACUUGGGCUCCCAUGGCGUGGCAAAAGAAUCCCAAGCUCGAGCUGCUAAGAUCAUGGGAGCUAUUUGUGAUGAUUACCAAAAGUUUGAGUCCAUUGAAUCUGAGCUCUUCUUUGGAUAUUGCAAAAACAUUCUCAGGGAAAGGUGGGAGAAGUUAAAGGGGGCUAUUGAGAAAAGCAAGGUCUUCACAUUGACCAAGUACCCAAGGGCUUAUUGCAACUUUGCUAAUGAAUCCUUUGAAACAUACCCUGCUUUUGCAUGGCUGAAGUGUGAGGAGGGCAUAGAAAAUGGUGAGAGCUAUAUGGGGAAAUUGAAGAUCCGUGCAAGAGGAGGACCAGGAUUCGGUGUUGGUCCAAAUUAUGUGAGGCUUACCAUGAUUGGCAUGGAUGAUGAUUUCAAUGAAUUGCUAAAGAGGUUGUCAAUGUUAAGUGCAAUUCAGAUUUCUAAUAGUAGUUAGUUAGUAUUUACAAUUGUUAUCAAUUAGUCAAUUAAUAAGAAGUCUAUAAGUGACUCUAAAUAAAUGUGUAACUUGUGAACCAAGUAAAAGAGGUAAAAUUGUAAUAAUGUGUAUUUUGUUGAAGGGAAAUGCUCUUUGUUAUAAAAGAGCAUUUCAUGAAAAGCAAGAAACAUCAAUCUUCUUCUUUGUUUUCUGCAA